UGAACCCUAAAGGCCGCCGCCACCAUGGGCCGCCUCCCGCCCCUCCCCCGCCCCGCCGCCGCCGCCGCCGUCGCAUCCACAUCCACACCGGACAUCGUCGCGGAGCUCGGCCGCGUCAUCUCCACGCGCCGCUGGAACAAGGGCCGCGCCUACAAGCGGCUGGCCCCCUCCGUGACGGCCGCGCACGUAGCCGACCUCUUCCGCGCCCCGGUGGCGCCUCUCGACCCGGCCACCGCUCUGGCCUUCUUCGAGUGGGUCGCGCGCCGCCCCGGGUUCCGCCACACCGCCGCCUCCCACGCCGCGCUGCUCCAGCUCCUCGCCCGCCGCCGCGCGCCGGCCAACUACGACAAGCUUGUCGUCUCCAUGGUCAGCUGUUCCGACACCGCGGAGGACAUGCGCGAGGCCGUCGACGCAAUUCAGGCAAUCCGUCGAGUGGGUGGUAAGCGACUCGUGCUGUCCCCAAAGUGCUACAACUUGGCGCUCAGGUCGCUGCUGCGAUUCGACAUGACGGAGUAUAUGGAGAAGUUGUACUCGCACCUCGUGCAGGAGGGAUUGUUGCCAGACACAGUGACUUACAACACUAUGAUCAUGGCAUACUGCAAGAAGGGCAGUCUUGCCGUAGCACACCGGUAUUUCCGUCUCUUGAGGGAGUCUGGGAUGGAGAUGGAUACAUACACAUGUAAUGCAUUGUUGCUGGGGUACUGCCGAACAGGUGACUUGAGAAAGGCUUGCUGGCUACUUAUGAUGAUGCCGCUGAUGGGUUGCAGGAGGAACGAGUACUCCUACACCAUUCUGAUUCAGGGGCUCUGUGAAACACGGUGUGUAAGGGAGGCACUUGUGCUUCUGGUCAUGAUGGUACAAGAUGGGUGCUCCCUGAAUCUGCACACAUAUACACUCUUGAUCAAAGGUCUUUGUAAGGAGGGUAGGAUUCAUGGUGCCAGGAGGGUGCUUGAAGAAAUGCCUCUGAGAGGGGUGGUUCCAAGUGUUUGGACGUAUAAUGCAAUGAUUGAUGGUUACUGUAAGUCAGGAAGGAUGAAGGAUGCAUUGGGGAUUAAGGCACUGAUGGAACGAAAUGGGUGUAAUCCAGAUGAUUGGACAUACAACAUUCUGAUUUAUGGCCUAUGUGGUGAGAAGCCAGACGAAGCCGAAGAAUUGCUGAAUGACGCUAUUGUGAGGGGCUUCACACCUACAGUUAUCACAUUCACUAACAUCAUUAAUGGAUAUUGCAAGGCUGAAAGGAUUGAUGAUGCACUCAGGGUAAAGACUAGCAUGUUAUCAAGCAAUUGCAAACUUGAUUUACAGGCAUAUGGAGUGUUGAUCAAUGUCCUGAUCAAGAAGUGUAGAUUCAAAGAGGCUAAAGAGACAGUGAGCGAGAUGUUUGCAAAUGGUUUAGCUCCUAAUGUUGUCAUCUACACCUCUAUAAUUGAUGGGUAUUGCAAGGUUGGGAAGGUUGGUGCUGCACUAGAGGUCUUCAGAUUGAUGGAACAUGAAGGUUGCCGUCCAAAUGCAUGGACUUACAGUUCUUUGAUAUAUGGGUUAAUUCAGGAUCAAAAGCUUCAUAAGGCAAUGGCUUUAAUAACUAAAAUGCAAGAGGAUGGGAUAACUCCUGGUGUUAUCACGUAUACUACUCUGAUUCAAGGCCAGUGCAAAAAACAUGAAUUUGAUAAUGCUUUCAGGUUAUUUGAAAUGAUGGAGCAGAAUGGCUUGACGCCUGAUGAGCAAGCAUAUAAUGUCCUAACUCAUGCACUAUGCAAGUCUGGAAGAGCUGAAGAAGCUUAUUCGUUUCUCGUCAGGAAGGGAGUGGUCCUCACAAAGGUAACAUAUACAUCUUUAGUUGAUGGUUUUAGCAAGGCAGGCAAUACCGACUUUGCUGCUGUCCUUAUAGAGAAGAUGGUCAAUGAGGGUUGUAAGGCAGAUUCGUACACAUAUAGUGUACUGUUGCAGGCUUUAUGUAAACAAAAAAAGCUGAAUGAAGCUUUGUCUAUACUGGAUCAGAUGACCCUAAGUGGAGUCAAGUGUAACAUUGUUGCUUAUACAAUAAUUAUCAGUGAAAUGAUCAAAGAAGGGAAGCAUGACCAUGCUAAGAGCAUGUUCAAUGAAAUGAUUUCAUCAGGACAUAAGCCUAGUGCAACCACAUAUACUGUAUUCAUUAGCUCGUACUGCAAGAUAGGUCAAAUAGAGGAGGCUGAGCAUCUAAUUGGGGAAAUGGAAAGAGACGGUGUCGCACCUGAUGUGGUAACCUAUAAUGUAUUCAUUAAUGGUUGUGGGCAUAUGGGAUAUAUGGAUCGUGCAUUUUCUACUCUGAAGCGCAUGAUAGAUGCAUCAUGUGAGCCAAAUUACUGGACUUAUUGGAUUUUGCUCAAGCAUUUUCUAAAAAUGAGUUUGGUUGAUGCUCAUUAUGUAGACACAUCUGGUAUGUGGAACUGGAUUGAGCUGGACACAGUUUGGCAGCUUCUUGAAAGGAUGGUGAAACAUGGCUUAAAUCCUACAGCAGUGACAUACAGUUCUAUCAUUGCAGGAUUCUGCAAAGCAACACGUCUAGAAGAAGCAUGUGUACUUUUUGAUCAUAUGCGUGGAAAAGAUAUAUCUCCCAAUGAAGAGAUAUACACAAUGCUUAUCAAGUGUUGUUGUGAUAUCAAGCUCUUUGGAAAGGCCGUGUCAUUUGUUACCGAUAUGAUAGAAUUUGGGUUUCAGCCUCAUCUCGAGUCCUACCACUAUCUUAUUGUAGGCCUCUGUGAUGAGGGGGACUAUGACAAGGCUAAAUCACUGUUCUGUGACUUACUAGGAAUGGAGGACUAUAAUCAUAAUGAAGUUGCAUGGAAAAUUUUGAAUGAUGGUUUGCUCAAAGCUGGCCAUGUGGAUUUUUGUUCACAGUUGCUGUCUGCUAUGGAGAAUAGACAUUGUCAGAUUGACUCUGAGACAUAUUCAAUGGUGACUGAUAAUAUUCAUGAGGCUUCUGGCAGUGUAGUCAGUGAACUCAGAGGAGAAGCUGCCUGACCUGACCCAUGGCAGAGAAUAGUUUUGAUGACAUAACUGGCAAAGUGGUAGCUGACUUUGGCUGUGGCGAGUGUUUACUGGAUGCUGAGUACAUUGCUUAGGAGUGAAAGUAAGAAGCCAUUUCAUCGACUGAUCAUCAUUUUCCAGGAAAUGACAAUGCUUAUAAGGGUGAUUUAGUUCGAAAUGGCUUUGAUAGAUGUCCUGAUCCUGAUGUAAAUCAGAUAUCUGGCCAGCAUUUGUUCAACAUGGAUGCUUACUGCUGCUAUAUUCAUCCUGUCACUGCGAAAAGGUUGCAAGGUUUGUGGAGUAAUAACUUGGAGCAAACUAAUACAGAAAAAUGGUCAUCAUAGUAAAUUCCUGCUGCCUCCUUCCUGUCAAUUAAACAGAAUUCACUGCCAGUUUCUUUUUUCACAUCUAAAAAUCAACUUUAUUUUCUCCCAAUUUGAGUAGAAGAGUUAUCUUGCUCUCUUCACGAUGAGGACCAUCAGCAAAACUUGCACAAUUAGCAGACAAAGCUGCCCUGGAUCAAGUCUGUAAGGCAAAAUCAUCAGAUACUCUCAAGCAUUCACCUCAUGAUGAAAUAGAAGGGGAAAUAGUUUAUUUACAAUCCAGGCUAUCAAUGGUGUUAUUUCUAUGAAGCUGAGAUAUGAAGAUUUGAUACUCAAGGUUGUCCAGAAUAUUUCUUAUGAGUUGGAUUCUUUCAAUAAAAAAGGAAAAUGAGAUCAUAUCAUUGUGAAUCAGUUUCUUCGUGAUCUGAGGGAAGCUAAGAAGCACAGAAACUCAGAGGAGACACCAGGAAGUUCUAGCUAUCCUGGCUGCAACUGCACCUUCUGUUGUACCGACCUCAUGAAAUGCAACAGUGAGGAAAGAGACAGAAAACAAUGUGACAUCUGCUAAACGAGAGGUUAUUACUGUGCUUUGUUUGUUCAGUUGUUUCUUGUCAGGCAUUAUCGUUUUUUUUUUGUUGACUUCUGUCUGUCAAGGCUCUUAUCAACAUGAUACUCCUGCUGGUGAGAUUUGGAACUCA